AUGGAUCAGAAGUUAAAUAUACCAGUUUUAAAGCUAAAUAACGAGAACUGGGUAAUUUGGAAAUUCCAGACAACAGUAAUGUUGAAAGGACAAGGUUUGUUUGAGGUGGUUACAGGGCAGCUUCAGAAACCUACUGAAGGUGUUGAUGAAAUAUCAAAAUGGUUAAGGAAUGAUGCUAAAGCUCAAGAAUUAAUCGUUACAAGAAUUGAACAAGGACCCUUAACACACCUGUUAUCAUGUGAAACCUCAAAAGAAAUGUGGUCAAAGUUAAAAUCGGUCUACGAUAAGGAAUCUGUAGUCAGUGUACAUUUGCUACAACAGAAAUUUUUCCUGUUGGACUUUGGAAGUGAUAGUGUCUCGCAGUACAUCUCAAAAUUAGAAGAGAUCAGGAAUAAACUGAAACAAGCCGGAGAAACAUUAUCUGAAAGGAUGAUCAUGACCAAGAUUCUAAUGUCAUUACCGGAGCGUUACAAGCAUUUUACGUCUGCGUGGGAAUCGGUGCCAGAAGAAAAACAAACUCUCGACGAACUAACGUCACGGUUGUUGGUUGAAGAGGAACGAGCAAAAUCAAGUGAACCAAUUACGGCUCUGGCCAGUACUGGUACAGUUCCAAAACCAAAAUAUACACCUACAUCGAGUGGUGGAAAACCGGGUGAAUGUAAUUUUUGUCAUCAGAAAGGACAUUAA